AACAUAAUUCCUAUAUAUACCUACCCAUAAUUCACUUCAUCUUCACCAAUCUCAAAUAUCUUUUAGAGAGAGAAAACUCAUUCCAAAUUUAGAAAGUUUCUAGAGAGAGAAACAGGGCGACCUGAGAUUUUAACACAAACACCAAUGGCAUCAUCCAAGUUAAUGAUGGUUGUGGCCGUUAUCGCCAUCGCUUCGUUUUGCGUGCAAUCCACCGUGGCACAAACAAGGCACGUCGUUGGAGACGCCACCGGUUGGGCCGUUCCUCCAAACGGAAACGCCACAUACGUCACUUGGGCGUCCGGAAAAACAUUCAACGUCGGCGACACGCUCUUUUUCAAUUUCACUACCGGAGCGCAUGACGUGACCGAGGUUUCACAGGCGUCAUACGGCCCUUGCACCGCCGCGAACCCGAUCUCUCACAUCACAAACGGCCCCGCCACCGUCACCUUGAGAACCACGGGCAACCACUAUUUUAUUUGCACCGUAGGACCUCAUUGCAACCUUGGUCAGAAACUUAUGAUCAAUGUUCGUGGAUCAUCCACCACUCCAGCUCCUACCGGCAGCAUGACUCCACCACCCACCGGCAGCAUGACUCCACCACCAACCGGCACCACCACUUCGCCACCGCCACCAAGCAGCUCAUCAUCUUUAUCCGUCGUGGUACCCGUCACUUUCUUGGCAGCUGCUCUAGCUUUCUUCUACUAGAUGAGUUUUGGUUGGUUCUAGUUUUUUUGUGUUACAUUUUUAUUUUUUGUGAUAAAUAAGAUGUUUGAUUGGAUAUUUUUGUAUUGAUGUAAUAAAAUGUUUGGUUUUCAUUUAA